CCUCUUGCAACCCAUCUAUCUACUUAUUUAUAUCUAUGAGAAAGAGAAACAACCUCAAUCAUCAUCUAAUCUUUCAAACACCCAUCUCCAAUAUCUCUCAUCUUCUUUCACUGUGUCUCCAUGAUCACCUUUCUCUUCUUUCUUGUAUUACUAUUUUUUUAUGCAAAUGCAACUCCAUUGUCAUUCAACCUCCCAACUAUAGAACACAAUGAUUCCCUCAUAAACUGCACAGGAGAUGCUUCCAUCUCAUCCCAAGGCAUCCAAGUCACCCGAGACACUGAUCUGUACAACGCGUCGUCGUUGCAGCGGAGGACUGGUCGUGCCACUUGUACCCAACUGAUGCAUCUUUGGGACGCGGCCACAGGGAACCUCACAGACUUCAGUACCAAUUUCUCAUUUAUCAUCAAAGGAAAUAACUAUGGUGAGGGGCUUGCAUUCUUUCUCGCUCCCAAUGGUUCCAAUAUCCCUCCAAACUCGACAGGCGGUGGCCUAGGCCUCAUAAAUGAAAACCAGACAACAGCUUCAACUGGCGUAAACCGGUUUGUCGCUGUGGAGUUUGAUACUUACAAGAAUAAUCCUUGGCAAGAAGGCUUGCCUAUCAAUCAUGUCGGUAUCAAUGUCAACUCUAGG